GAUCUUCAUCCUGUUCUCUGCAACCCAGACCUCCAGAAGCACCAUGACUUGUGGAUCAGGAUUCAGCUGCCGCACCUUCAGCUGCGUCUCGACCUGCGCUCCCCGGCCCGGCCGCUGCUGCAUCACCGCCGCCCCCUACCGCGGCGUCUCCUGCUACCGCGGCCUCACCGGGGGCUUCGGCAGCCGCAGCGUCUGCGGGGGAUACCGCUCUGGCAGCCGCAGCUUCGGCUACCGCUCUGGCGGCGUGUGUGGACCCAGCGCUCCCAGCAUCACCACCGUGUCUGUCAACGAGAGCCUGCUCGCCCCCCUCAACCUGGAGAUUGACCCCAACGCCCAGUGCGUGAAGCAAGAGGAGAAGGAGCAGAUCAAGGGCCUCAACAGCAGGUUCGCUGCCUUCAUCGACAAGGUGCGCUUCCUGGAGCAGCAGAACAAGCUGCUGGAGACCAAGUGGCAGUUCUUCCAGAACCGCAAAUGCUGCGAGAGCAACCUGGAGCCCCUGUUCGAGGGCUACAUCGAGACACUGAGGCGGGAGGCUGAGUGCGUGGAAGCCGACAGUGGGCGGCUGGCCUCAGAGCUCAACCAUGUGCAAGAGGUGCUGGAGGGCUACAAGAAGAAGUAUGAAGAAGAAGUAGCUCUAAGAGCUACAGCCGAGAAUCAAUUUGUGGCUCUGAAGAAGGAUGUGGACUGCGCCUACCUCCGCAAGUCAGACCUGGAGGCCAAUGUGGAGGCCUUGAUCCAGGAGAUAGACUUCCUGCGGCGACUGUAUGAAGAGGAGCUCCGGGUCCUCAACUCUCACAUCUCAGACACAUCAGUCAUUGUCAAGAUGGACAACAGUCGGGACCUGAACAUGGAUAACAUCAUUGCAGAGAUCAAGGCUCAAUAUGAUGACAUUGCCAGCCGCAGCCGGGCUGAGGCUGAAUCCUGGUAUCGCAGCAAAUGUGAAGAGAUGAAGGCCACGGUGAUCCGGCAUGGAGAGACCCUGCGCCGCACCAAGGAGGAGAUCAAUGAGCUGAACCGCAUGAUCCAGAGGUUGACGGCUGAGGUGGAGAAUGCCAAAUGCCAGAAUUCCAAGCUGGAGGCUGCAGUGACCCAGUCUGAGCAGCAGGGCGAGGCAGCCCUCAGCGAUGCCAAGUGCAAGCUGGCCGGGCUGGAGGAGGCCCUGCAGAAGGCCAAGCAGGACAUGGCCUGCCUGCUCAAGGAGUACCAGGAGGUGAUGAACUCUAAGCUGGGUCUGGACAUCGAGAUCGCCACCUACAGGCGCCUGCUGGAGGGCGAGGAACAGAGACUGUGUGAGGGCGUUGGCGCUGUGAAUGUCUGUGUCAGCAGCUCCCGUGGUGGUGUCGUCUGUGGUGAUCUGUCCACCUCCAAUACUGCCCCUAUUGUCAUCCCAGGCAGCCGCAGCAUCCCCUCCAACACCAACGUGCUGGUGAACACCAGCAAUGCCUGUGCCUCCUUCUCUGGGGCCAGUGCCUGCAGUAUGAGCUGUAGGAAAUGCUAG